UUCUUCCACGUCUUUUGCAACUUUUUACUCAUGGCUGAAGCGAACAUGCCAGCUCCAGUCGACAACAUGAGGCCCGAGGAGAGUGUAGGGUCGCCAUCUUCAUCUCCUGGCUCAGACGCAAAACCCACCACGUUAACCACAAUGGAAUGCGUCUUGACAAUCGGGUCGAUCGGCCUGGUGGUUCUCAUGGGUUCUCUUGAUUCUACCAUUGUAGCUACCAUCAAUCCAACCCUGGUAGCUGAAUUCGAAUCAGGUGGGGACAUUGGAUGGUAUGGCGCCGUCUUCCUCCUCGUGGUUGGCGCUACCUUGCCAUUCUUUGGCAAGCUAAUUACCAUUUUCAUGCCGAGAAAUAUUUUCUUGAUAUCUCUGACAAUCUUGGAAAUUGGGUGCUUGAUGUGCGCUCUUGCUCGAAAUUCGCCAACUUUCAUUGUGGGGCGAGCGAUUGCUGGACUCGGAUGCGCAGGGAUUCUUUCCGGCGGUUUGACGAUCACUGCGCUGAUUACGCCCCUGCGAUACAGAGCCAUGUUCAUCAGCAUUAUUGGCGGCUUAGAAGGUGUUUCCAGUAUCAUAGGACCUGUUAUCGGUGGUGUCAUCACGAACACCAUUGGAUGGCGAUGGGGAUUCUGGAUCAACCUUCCUUUUGGCGUUGUUCUAUUCGGAAUCUUGCUCUAUGCGUUUCGGAAGCCCAUCCGGACAUCAGACAAUGACGCCAAUGCAUCUAAAUCACCACUUGAAAAAAUUCGACAGUUGGACUUUACUGGAGGCUGUGUUAUCAUAGGCUCAAUCACGUGUUUGCUAUUGGCCUUGCAAUGGGGAGGCGCUAAAUAUCCCUGGGGAAAUGGUCGGAUUAUCGCGCUGUUUGUCGUUUUCUUCGUAUCUUUUGUCUUUUUCGCAUUUUGGGAGACCAGGCUGGGCGAUGCAGCUUUGUUUCCCACGCGCUUGUUGAGAAGGAAAGCCUUUGUGGCAUCCCUAUGGUUUGGAUUUUGCAUCUCCAGUGGCAUGUGGAUCAUCCUCUAUUAUCUUCCAGUAUGGUUCCAGGCAAUCAUGGGAGUGACGGCUGAGGGAUCUGGAAUUCGUAUCUUACCGAUGGUGAUAUCUGACGUUGUGAUCGCGACCGCAGCAGCAGCGAUGGUUCCAGUUGUCGGCUAUUUACCUCCAUUCGUCAUUGCGGCUACAACACUGUCCUCCAUUGGUGCUGGUCUCUUGUCCUCGUUUCACCCAAAUAUCUCCAGGGCUCAAUGGAUAGGAUAUCAAGCGAUAUUAGGUGCGGGCUACGGUAUCGGCAUUCAACAAUCUAUCGUCAACGCGCAAGCAUCCGUGGAAGUCAGUGAUAUUGCCUACGGGACAUCAGCCGUGCUCUUGGGUAAUAUAAUCGGGGGCUCCAUUUUUAUCAGCAUUGCGCAAGCCGUUUUUCUCGGAGAGGUUCUCAAGUUGGAAGGCCGUUUUCCUGGUGUAUCGCGUGAUACAUUGGUUAAUGACUUUCGCUCGCUGCGCGAGAUUAUCUCGGACCAAAACCUGGCGACAGCAUUGGACGUUUACAACUCGGGCUUGAAAAAAGUGUUUCUCAUGGCGGCAGUGUUGUGCACAUUUUCUGUACUCGCCUGGCCCUUCAUUCCAUGGCGUCCACUCAAAUCUGAGAAGGAAAAGGAAGUUGUCGUAGAAAGUAUCACAGGAAAUGUAUCAGACAACGUGAAUGAUGGUUCGGCAAACUUGACGAACACAAAGGAACAGAGUCAAGAUGUCAAUCGUGAGAAGCCUGAUACAAGCUAG